GCGCUGCGCGCAGGAGCUCCACCCACGGAGGAGAUGAACUUCUCGAACUUGGAUGCGAACCAGGUUAGCAGCGUGGUGGAGAUUCCGAAAGUACAGCUGCGCUCCUUCAUGACGGAAAGCACGAGGCGCUUGCUGGCGGAGUCGGCUGGAAUCACCGAGUUGGAGUGGGACGCAGAGAUGUCUCAGGUCACUCUUUCUGGCACCGUCGUCCAGGUGGAAAAGGCCGAGGAGCUCCUGAAGCGAGCCAUCACACACUGCAAAUGGGGUGUCAGUGAAGCAAAGGUGCAAGGUCUUCUGGCCCAGGAGCCUUGCAUUUCCGCGAAGUUGCUGCUUUCUCCCAUGGUCCCUGGUUUGAGGCAGGGCUCCUUUAGCUUGGGCGGCGACAAGCUCCAUGUCGUCCUAGGAUCUGACGCCUCCAAUGACCUGCCCAUCAAGGGCGCAGUGAUAUCCAGGAUUCAUGCUCGCUUUGAGCUCGUUCCACACCGCGGUGCUCUGUACAUCAUUGAUCUGUCAACCAAUGGCACCUUCCUGAACGGUGUCCGCCUACCCGCGAAAGCUAGCGGAAAGGUGGCCUGCUUCCACGGAGACGAAGUCGUUUUUCCGGAGUCCACGACC